GCCACCAACCUCCAAGGACUGGGCGGGGCUGAAAUGGCGUUCAUAAUGAAGAAUCUAAUGGAAAGACUGGGAUACGAUAAGUUCUACGUACAAGGAGGAGAUUGGGGUGGUAUUAUAUGUUCAAUCAUGGCCACGUUCUUCCCAGAUAUAAUUCUAGGCUACCACACCAAUUUCGCUCUCGUGCCGGCCGAGCUGGUCAGCCGUCUCUACCCGCUGCAGUUCUACGUUCAGGAGUUUGGCUACUUCCACAUACAAGCUGCUAAACCUGAUGCCAUUGGUUUAUGCGUUGGUAAGUCCCCUGCGAGUAUUAUGGCAUGGUUCCUGCAUUUGUUCUCAAUCUCCACUGGCAGUGCAAGCAGAGAUGAUCCUAAGGGAGGCUUGAACAUGUUCACACCAGAGCAGCUGAUCGACAACAUCAUGUUAUACUGGGUCCCGGAGAAGGUCACUACGUCCAUAAGGAUCUACGCGGAGACCUUUACCUUUAGAAACCUCGAUAUGGAAUAUAUCAGUGCUCCCACACCAGUGCCAACAGUAGUAUUGCAGGCCCUGCGCGAGGUGUUCUACUUCCCCCCAGCAGCUCUGAACACCAAGUUUACUAACUUGGUGGCAGUGGAUGUCCUGGAGGACUACGGACACUUCCUCGCCAUGGAAGCGCCUAAGGUCUUCGUUGAUAAAGUCAUCAGCGGCCUCCAAAAGAUCAUUGAUUUCAACAAAAAUGAAUUAAACUGUACUAAAUGA